UUUGUACUGUUGCUCAUGGAAUAUCAAAACUGUUCAGCUGCACAACCAGUACCUAGCUCGGAGGAAAAAGAUUCUGCCAAACCAGCAGAAAGCAAGACCCAAUCUACAUCUGGAAUAGAAGACUUAUUUAAAGAUUCGCCAGCUGUGUCGUUAUCCUCAGCUCCAGCUAUUUCCCAAGAAAAUGCAAAGAAUGAUAUCAUGAGUUUGUUUGAGAAGUCCAAUAUGGCAUCACCAUUUGCUGUCCAACAGCAGCAGUUGGUGUUUAUGUCUCAGCAGCAAGCUCUUCUAAUGGCUACUCUUAAAGAUGGAAAUUCACCACAAAUAGUUCCAGGGAAUACCAAUCAACUAAACACUAACGUUUCUAAUCCCCCUCUUGGAACCUUGCCUUUCCAAAACUGGACAAAUCUUGGCUAUCAAAAUCCUGGGUUGACUCUAGCAGCAGCACAGAAUGGUGCCACAAUGAGGAGCAUUUCAGUUUCCUGA